AUGGAUUCUGCGCCAGCACUCAACCUCACAGGUCAAAAAAGGAGACUCUCACGGGAGGGUGCGUUCCAACGGGAUUCCAAACGCGCCAAAACAAGCGAUCUUGAUCAUAUUGUCUCGCGAUGUCGGACAGAACUUGGCUUGGAAAGCGGGGUGCAACAUGCAAACAUAUACAUCGUACCUGAAGACUUGGGUAGUCGUCUAUAUACAUGGUACCUGCAAAAGUCGAGAAACAUAGAGAAUAGUCACGAAUGGGCGGGGGAAACGCAGGAUUUAGAGUUGGAGAGUUUGCCCUUUUCCAAGGAAAUCGAGGAGCCCUCUCAACCAGCACAGAAGCCAAGGCGGAGGCCGACCAUCAAUGGGAGAGGGUCACAAUCAGACCCGAGUUCUGCAACGAGUAAUGACCAUUUUGAAGGAUCUCAAGAUUCUCUAUCAUCAAGAAGUAUCGUAGACCCAGUCUUCAGUCCUGCCGCUCGGAACCGGCAGGCAUCAUCUUCAAGUAUCCCAGAGGGCGACGACGCCGAUCAAUCGGUUCAGAUUGCUGAACAAGACCCGCCUAAAACGUCUAGACAAGAAUGGCGGCCAUCGAGGAUUUUCUCUUCAAAGCUUCUACAAAUGGCUGAAAGAGAUGUGCACUAUCGUGAGACAAUAGCGCUGGACAGACCCAAUUCUUUUCCGACUUCCUGGGAAGCUGCACAUGUUGCUGACCGGAUGAUAAUGGAGCUCAGACAAGAAGGAGUUCCUUGGAGUAGCAUCGCAGACCGCUGGAAAGGAAUGACAAAUUGUGAGGACAGUGUAGGUUACCUUGAAUGGAGAUUCCGACAACUCAAGAACAAACUUGGUUCUUUAUCGGACAUGGAACCAAAUCGAGUCCAGAAAACUCGCCCAUCCUCGACUUUUUCUGAUCGCUCUUCUAGAAUCGAACAGACUGUUGGGGAAGGAUCUGUUCCCCAGCAUAGAGUACAGCCAUCGGAAAUUGAAACCGCCAAUUCAUUGGAUGGUGUCUGUGAAGAAUCCAUUGAGAUGAUAUUUGAGCCUAGAGACCCACAGACUGAAAGUCGCAAGUCAGAAUGUCAGAAUGUCACGAUAACAAAGUCAGCCAAUUCAAAAUCUUUGUGGGUACGGCUGAAGCUCUCUUCAACCAGUAAGUCUAUACCGACUUAUAAACGGCCUGAGCCUCAAAAGAUCCCUGCGACCUCUGCAAUGAAUAUCAGGACGUCUUCAGAUCCCGAGUUAAAAAAUACGAAGCAUGAAAAUGCGUCUGAAUUUUUGACAACUCCGCUCUCAUCCACCCCGACGUCACUCUCUUCGUGUAUAUCUGGGAACGGACCGAAUCAUGAAAACGUGGCACUCAUAUCAGGCGUCACUUCUCAGGAAUAUGACAAGCACUCUGAUCUUGCAACCAAGGAGCUAGAGCGAAGGCGCAAACUGUCCCUCGCCAUGAGUGCAACUUGGGAACGGCGGAAGACUAAUGGCGAUGGAGAGCGACAUAUAGAACUAAUGAAGGAGGGUAAAGCAAAGAAACGAGCUCAAGAUAAUUCAUUACCGCCCGUCAAGAAAACGCCAUCAUUUAGAGACGUCCAACUGUCGCCCAAAUCAGAAGACGCCAAACGUAGGCAGUCAGAAACAAUGAAAGCCACAUGGGCGAAGCGUAUUGCCGAAGGUCGAAAUGGGCGUUUUGGUGGUUUGCCGAGAGUAAGCACGAUCAAGCAGGCAGAGAAGAAGGCAAGAAGACCACUCUUGCUAGGGUAA